AAUAAAUUCCUGUCCCACUUAUUCAUUGUAAAAAUGCUUAGAACAGUAAGACACAAUUCCACCAGCUUUUUGAUUAGAACUCCAUUAUACAAAAGCCAUGUCAAAUACGGGGCCAAAUUUGUUCCUUACGCGGGCUUCGAGAUGCCUAUCUUGUACAAGGGUUUAUCACACAUUGAUUCACAUAAAUGGGUUAGAUCCAAAGUUGGGUUGUUUGACGUGAGUCAUAUGUUACAACAUACUUUCACAGGCAGGUAUGCGGUUCUGGUGUUGCAGAAAAUGACCCCCAUUGAUCUUUCAGGUUUGCUGCCUAACACCUCCAGCUUAAGUGUUUUACUCAAUGAGACAGGAGGGAUCAUUGAUGAUUGUAUUAUCACCAAAGUGACAGAAGGUGAAUACUACAUGGUAACCAAUGCCGGAUGUCGUGAGAAAGAUCUUGCCUUCAUCAACAGCACUUUGGCAGACUAUGAUGAUGUCAAUCAUAGUAUUUUUGAAAGCACGUUAUUAGCAAUCCAAGGUCCUAAAGCCGCUGAAAUCUUAUCAAAAUACUCGUCGUACGACUUAUCAAAAUUGAAGUUUGGUGCUAUGGUGAGGACCGGGAUUAAUUCCCUUAUAAGCUCCCAGAUUCAAAUAUCAAGAACUGGGUACACUGGUGAAGAUGGAUUUGAAUUGUCGAUUCCCUCAAGUUCCAAAGAUGAAAUCCAAGAGAGUAACGAAUUUUUCCAAAGUCUCGUUGACGAACAACCCGAUGUUGUUCAACCUAUUGGAUUAGCUGCAAGAGACUCUUUGAGACUAGAAGCUGGGAUGUGCCUUUAUGGGAACGACUUGACUGAAGAGAUUACCCCAGUUGAAGCCUCCUUGACUUGGUUGAUCCCAAAGACUAGAAGAAAUGUCACUGAUAGCCAAAAGUUCAAUGGAUAUGACAGGAUUAUUCAACAGAUUAACGAUAAGAAGUCUGUUCCUCGCAGAAGAAUCGGUAUCACUACAACUGGACCUGCUCCUAGAUCUGGGUCUAAGAUCUUCGAUACACAAAGCGGAGAAGAGGUUGGUGUUGUAACUUCUGGUUUAUUGUCCCCUAUCUUGGGACAUAACGUUGGACAGGCUUACAUCGAUAAGAAAGUCAAGAUCGGGGCCAGUGUGGACGUGGAAGUGAGAGGUAAAAAGAGGCCGGGUAUUGUUGCCAAAUUACCAUUCAUCCAGAACAACUUCUACAAGUAAGAUAUCAAAACAUCGGUCCUGAAGAAGGGUGGUCAUGUAGUUAUUUAAUCAUUUCACAACUUGUGGACUCCCAGACCUGGGUUUACGUAUACUUAAAGGAAACUAAUGACCCAUAAACCCAGUAGACUCUUGCUCGUCUUGAAGUUUCCUUGAACACCGUAGGGUCUUUGUAGUUAAGAGCAAUUGUACUUGACAUAUAUCUUGUGUAGACACCCUCAAUGGUAUAGGUGAUUUAGUGCCGCAGCCACCCUUGUUUUUAAACCUAUUAUUUCUCACUAACCUCCUUCUUCACGACCGCAAAAUUAUUUGCUUCUGACCACGAUUCCUAAAACGGUUAAAUGUAGCAAGGACUUUCAGAGAUUAAUCAAGGUUUCAGCAAAAUAUGAAGCAGGUAAGAUUAAAUAUUAUCGAAAUCAUUGCAUGUCGUGAAUUAAACCCUUUGUGGAUCUCUCCUGUCAUAAAACCAACCCUACUAUUAAGUCCAAACUGCACAUCUUUGUUGCAGUAAGGGCUCAUUGAUGAACUACAUAGCAUUGUUUCCCAAUCCCAAAAAUUCAACAAACUAGACCAAAGAAAUCCGUUUAUAAAAGUACAAUAGUGGUUGUAUUGUGGUGAUACAUUGUUUCCACUUGAAUUAUAUUGCCCUUUUCUGUCUAUACUCCCAACACGAAAACUAUUUUACCCGUUUUACGUGUCAGGAGUGGGCUUCGAUAAUUUAGGGGGUUUACACGCCCUAUUUAGUGCCUGCGGGUUAUCUGCAGUAUGAGGGACUGGGACUGUUAGAACAAGUGUUUGAUUGCAAGCGAUAGGGGGUGUGUGGGUGCAGGUGCCAGAGUGUCAUUUUAAGCUUCUCCUUCAAAUAUAUAAACCCCUUCCAA